AUGACCAACAGACCUGCGGUCCUUGAGAGGUACAAUGUUGUACUGGACCUGAAAAUGUUUCAUAUGAUUGGAAGCCCGUUAGCUAAAGCAAGAGGGCACAAUGUGACCAUGUUAUAUUUUAAUGGGCUCAGGUAUUAUCCUUGGUACACAUCACAGGAAGUCCCUGUUAAUAGUGGCCUACCCUAGAAUUUCAGUUUGCAAACUUAUCUGGAAAAAAAAGGUUGUGAUAUUAACUAUUACAUCCCAGAUAAGGACUUCAGUGUGUUAGCUCUUACAGACUUGGAGCACCAGAGACAGUGGGACCACAAUUGGGAUGCAAAAGAUGUAUACAGAAGAAAGUCCAGGAAACUCAUAACUGAAAUGGAAGGGAAUAUUUCAGCAAAUGAUGCUGAACAUUUACUCAGAGUUUCCUUUGAAGAAAGUGCAAAACCUUUUAUGAAGGAAACAGUUGCACUGGGAAUGAAAAGCAGACCAAAGGGCCUGUGGGGAUACUAUUUAUACCCCGACUGUCAUAAUUACAAUUUCUGUAAUCAGAACGACACUGGUUCCUGCCCAAAGAGUGAAGUUUUGAGGAACAAUGAACUUUCCUGGCUCUGGGAUAUCAGUGUAGCCCUGCAUCCUUCCAUUGGCAUUAAGAAAUCCCUUGGAAACUGUCAAAACAUUUUGCUUUUUUCUCAGUUUAGGUUGAAUGAAUCCAUAAAGAUUUCCUCCAUGACAUAUAAAGAUUAUGCUUUGCCCGUAUUUGUGUAUAUUUGACUAGGUUAUAGAGAUGAGUCUUUAUUAUUUCUCUCUAUGCAAGAUCUUACUAACACUGUGGGAGAGAGUGCCCUGGGAGGUACAGGCAUUGCUAUUUGGUGAGAUAAGAAUUUAACUUCUUCAGAGAUAGGCCUCAACUGCACAGAAGUGCAAGAAUUUGUUGAUUCUGAAUUACGGCCUUACGUUAUCAAUGUCACAGCAGCAGCUGAGGUGUGCAGCAGGCAUCUUUAUCAGGACAAAGGGUUGACAUGUGUGAAGGACCUUAGAGCCUUGACAGACCUCCAUUUGAAUCCUAAGAGCUUCUGGAUAGAUGCCUUGAAGGACCAAGGAUUUAUUGGGGGAGGAGAAGCAUCAAAUGAAGAUCUGGAAAUAAUGGCAGAGACACUUGUCUGCCACUGUUAUCAGGGUUAUAAAGAAACUGACUGUGAGCAACUUAAAGUUGCUGAUGACCAUCCUGGGAGCUCUGCAGACUGUCUCACCCAGGAGAUUUGCAGCGAUCUGCCUGCUUCAUUUGCCUUUGAUGAGUCCUCUAACUACUGCUUAAUCAAACGGCCGGUUUGA